GGGUAACGUUAGCUAGCCAUUAUGCUGUCUGUUUAUAUGGUAGGCCGCAGUCUUUGGUAUUUUGUCGAGCAUGCAUUUUUACUGUCUUGCCGGAAAGACUGGUUUGGCGGAAAGACGCGUUUUUAUCUCGUGCACGUUACGAUAAGAUGCAGGUACUUGUGUAAUAUAUGUAUGACCUGUCGCAUCAUUGAUGAAACUCGGUUUUGUAUGCCGGUUCCCGGAAAAUAUGUUGGUCUCGCCUCAUGAGUAAAUGUGGUUCCUUCUUUGCCUGACAGGUGUGGCAUAUCAAGAAACGGAUUAAACAGCAUGAUCAUUACACAGGUGGACCUUGUGCUGAGGCAUCGAUUAGCAGAUAUUUCUAGACUUGCAGUAUGUUUGUUCAAAUUGUACUCAGGCCAGUUAUUAUCGGGUGGAUAAAUAGCAAAUCACUCUUUAAUAUUCUGUCAAUGUUUCGCUUAAUAUGCCUUAUAAACAUGAUCUUUGAUUUGGGUAUUGUAAAUGAAAAAUAACCUUUGGGCACUUUACAUUUCAACCAUAAUCUUAAAUUGACUACUGUCCAUGACAUCACUGGGCUGCAGUAUAUCAUAGCAUUGCUAGAUGACCAUAUUUCUUUUGAGCCGUGAUGCCUAUAGAAAUAAGAAAAUUAACCAACUUUUCUAAUCACCAGGGUGAUUUCCUACAGUUUGAUCAGUUUAAAGAAAGAGUAGCGCUCAGACACACAAAUAUACAAGACGAAGAGAAACGUGGGGGUGUCUGCGAUGGCAGGUGGACAGAGAGGGGUCAACCGCACUGCUUACUGCAGGUCUCCAAUAAACAGUGAGCCAGGCUCGGUCAGCAAUGACAACCACUCUACCAGCUCCCCAGUCACAGGUGUUUGCUCUCGGACAAGUGCCCUCUUUGUCCAGUAUGUCAACAUCUACAAGACUGUGUGGUGGUACCCCAACUCACACCCUCCCUCACACACCUCGCUGGUUCGGGAUGUACAUUCCCCUUUCCCGGUUAAACUGCUACUUCUGCCGGGAGGGGCCACUCUCGCCCAUCACUAACAUCGGGUCGAAGGAGCUGGGUAGCAUGGGGCGCCGCCGUGACUACAUGACGGCUUUGAACGAGACGUGGAAGCAGCACACCAGCCAGCUGUACGGGGUCCAGGCCAUGCCCACACGCGCCUGCUGCCUCUCCCCAGACCUCAUCCGCAAAGAGGUGGAGUACCUGAAGAUGGACUUCAACUGGAGGAUGAGGGAGGUGCUGGUCAGCUCCAUGUUCAGUGCCUACUACGUGGCCUUCGUACCUGUAUGGUUUGUUAAGAGCACACAAUGCGUGGACAAGCAUUGGUCCUGUGAGCUCUUCAUCCUGGUGUCUGUCAGUACCUCAGUCAUCCUCAUGAGGCACCUGCUGCCCCCACGCUACUGUGACCUGCUCCACAAGGCUGCAGCACACCUGGGCAGCUGGCACAAAGUGGACCCUUCUCUCUGUUCCAACGUCCUGCAGCACAUAUGGACGGAAGAGUACAUGUGGCCCCAGGGUGUCCUGGUCAAACACAAUAAAAAUGUAUACAAGACCAUAGGGCACUAGAAUGUAGCUGUCCCCUCGGACGUCUCCCACUAUCACUUUUAUCCCUUACGAAUGUUGAACAUCCUCAUCAUCUUGGAAGGUGCGAUGAUAUUCUACCAGCUCUACUUGUUGAUAUGCUCAGAAAGGUGGCAUCAGAUGAGAUCCUUGGCUUUAAUUCUCUUCACCAACUACUACUCCUUCUUCAAAGCUUCUCAGAGACAGAAUAAUCUUAGGCAAGGCACACUCAUACUCCAAUAGCUCACCGGACCAGAAAUUAAGUUAAAGACGUAAGUUAUUGCUGGUAAUUUGUCUUGGAACAAGAAAACACACAUGAGAGCUUUGUAUUUUUGCUACAACUGUAUUUUGUAUCACUGUUUUUGUUCUGAGCUGCCAUAAUAAAAAAUAAACAUAUUUUUGUAUUCCUUUUAAA